AAAAUGUAGUCAAGGAGAGUCAAAGUAGCUAAUAUCUUAAAUACUCAGUACAACUACAAAGUAGCCAAAAAUAUACUUAAGUAGCCUACAGUAACUAAUUACAUUUACUCCAAUACUUUACACCACUGCAUAGUAGCCUAACAAACAAUGACAAUGACAAAAGGGGGACAAAGUACCCAUGGAAAUGGAAUAAGAAAAUUAGUUUAUCGAAUAUAACUUAAAACACCACAAACUCCAGUUGAAUACACAAAAAAUAUCUUUCCUCUCGUUUAAUGUAACCAUAGAAAUGGUUAGAAUGAAUAUUUGGCAACCUAAACAGGAAGCAGUGCGUGCUCGUAGUAAAGGAAGCAGCAGUACGUCACUAAACUGCGUUUCCACAACACGGACACACGUGACGUCAUUACUAUAAACACCGUUGUCGGUCCAAACACUCUUAAAACAUAAACAACUACAUCCUUAACAAUAUGAAUAAACACGCAUCAUGACAGAAAUAUUAUUACGACGUUAUCUUACGGUUUCGAGGCUCAGUGAUAUUUCAGAGAACAGGGAGGUCAGUGUUAUUGUAUUGUAUAAUAUUUCUAUUUAAUAAUUCGUCUAAAUGUUAGCUGGCCACCGAUGACAAGACUUCACCUGUGAAUAUCGCAGUUCGUCGCAUUUCCCGUUGGUCCCGUUUUUUAAAAAACAACCAGAAAAUGUCACAAAUGGAUGAUCUCGUGACAAAUGUAGCAGAGCUCCUCACGGCUGCAGUACAAGAAGUGUUGCACAUCAUGGGUCACGCUGUGUCCGAAUAUCAAAAGGAAGCUGCCAGAACACGUAUGGAGAAUCAGAACCUGCAGAUGAAACUGAAAGAACUUCAAGAGAGGGUGGCUGUGGUUGCAGAUGAAUUUAACUUACAUGAGCCGCAUCCAGGGGAGAAUCAUGAGACAUUGGUUUAUCAUGGCAAGUCAAUGGUAGAAGACAAAGAGGAAAGCUGGAGUGACAGAAUUUCAUUUACAGAGAAGAAUCAUGUCCAUCUAACGCCAACAGAAGACCUACAUCAUUCUUUACAAGGAACCUGUAAUGAUUCUUUAAACCAGCAAAGACCCUCAUCCCAGUCACAGAGAAGCCCUAUAAAAAUCCUCAACCCUUCUUUACCUGACAUCAGUGAAGAACCAAUAACCAGCAACUCUGAGAAGCCAUUAAGCAUAACCUCAAGCAGGAUCAAAGUGGAAUCUAAACCAGAGCCUCUGGCUUGUUCUGUUACAGAGACAGACAAUGUGACAACAGACGUUUUUAGCAUUCCAGAGGGUCCCCUAAUGAACGAACACAGCCAGCAGCCUGUUUCCACCAACGUGGUUUGCUAUGACCAAACACAUAAACUACCAAACUCCACUUUUGUCAUUUCUGAACACAUUCUUAGGUCACGAAUAGAGAAUACAGUGGAUGUUAAUAAUGGUCCCACUAUCAGUGGCUGGAGGGAGAAUUCACACAGCUGCCACGUGUGUGGAAAGACGUUCGCAUCCUCCUCCAGCCUCGGAGCUCACUUUGUGUGCCAUUCAAACGAAAGACCUUUUGCUUGCAAGUGCUGCAACUUCAGGUUCAGUCGCUUAGCUGACCUGAAAAAGCAUGAGCGCAUUCAUACAGGGGAAAGGCCUUACAAAUGUUUCCUCUGUGGACGGAGAUUCAACCGAACGGAGAAUCUGAAGAGACACUUAAGGAAAAUUCAUAAUGGAGCGGUGAUAUCUCAAGCAGUGAACUCAGUUAUGGAUUAGAGGAUAA